AUGGGAGGCGCGGCUGCUAAUGAUGGUGCUACGGCCGGGUCUACAGAAGGCCGUAUGCUCGCGAGCGGUUUUAUUCAGCUAAUGAUGUCGCAGGUGUCGUCGAGAGUGGUAACAUUCCUCAUGAAUCUUGUCAUCGCCAGACGCCUCUCGCCACAGGAGUUUGGGAUGGCAGCGGUGCAGUUCCAGCUGCUCACAUCCACCAUUCUCUUUGUCAGCAGAGAGGGCUUCCGCAGAGGCUGCCUACGAGCUGACGGCAACUCCCCUUCCUCCUCCUCCGCCUCCUCCCCCGCCUCCCCCCUCUACUGGGCGCGGAUGGUGUCAGCAGCGUGGCUGGUCGUCCCCACAGGCAUCUCCCUAGCAGCAGCAGCCUGUGCCUUCGUCCUGCAUUACCAGCACCUCCCUCUCUCAGACCCCUACGCCCAAGCCAUUUUACUCCACGGGGUGGCAGCAGCAGUGGAGUUGGUAUCAGAGCCGCUGUAUAUCCUGUCCCAGGCGCUGCUGCUGGUGCGGUUGAGAGCGGUGCUGGACGCCGUUGCAACGGUGGUGCGGUGUGUGGUGACGCUGCUGCUGGUGCUGGGGGGGAUUGGCAGGACGGGAGGGCUUGUGUUCGCCUAUGCAGAGCUGGCCUUUAGCUCCUCCCUUGUCAUCGGCUACUGGGGGUUCUUCCUUCUCCACCCCUCCGCUCGAGCUCUGAGGCCCAGUCAGAGCGGAGAGGAGGAGAGAGAUGUGGCAGAAGGCAGCAAGAAGCAGGAGGGGGAAGGAGGAGAGGGAGAAGGGAAAGGAGAAGGGGGAGGAGAGGGAGAGGGAGGGCUUAGGAGGCGAGCAAUUGGGAGGGAGGGAAAGGAGGGAGGUGAUGGGGGGGAGUUGCAGGAAAGGCAAGGAGGAGAGAAUGAGGCGGGAGGUAGUGCUAGUGAAGGGUCUGGUGCCAUGAUUCCUCUGCUCCCGUGCAAGCUCCCAGGCCGCCCGCUGCUGCACUGGCCGCUGCUGCGGCUGUGUGGUGCGUUCUCGCUGCAGGCAUUGGUGAAGCAGGUGCUGGGGAAGGGCGAUGAGAUGGUGCUGGUGGCCAUGGAGAGCGCGUACAACCAGGGCGUGUACGGGCUCGUGGUCAAGCUGGGCAGUCUCGUGGUGCGGUCUGUCCUGCAGCCAUUCGAGGAGAGUGCGUUCAUCAUAUUCGCCCGCACUGCUCCCUCCCUUGCCUCCGCGUCUCACACCGCUCAUGCUGCUGACACUGCCGGGAAGGAAGGCAGUAAUGCAAUGGCGGGGCGGGAAUCAGUAGCCAGAGUGCUGCUGCUGGCAGUGAAGGCUGUGAACGUGUUAGGUCUCAUAUUCGUGGCGUUCGGGCCGCCCUUCUCCUACUCGCUGCUCUCGCUGCUCUACGGCCCCACCUGGACCGCCACCGAGGCACCACUCUCACUCGCCUGCUACUGCCCCUACAUCAUGGCCCUUGCUCUCAACGGCACCACGGAGGCGUUCGUGCACGCGGUGCUGAGUGAGAGGCAGCUGGCGCAGUCGAACGGGUGGCUGCUGCUCUUCUCGCUGCUGCACAUGGCGCUCAGCGCUCUGCUCAUUCGUGUGGCUUCUUCCCCCGGACUCAUCCUCGCCAACUGCUGCAACAUGGCAAUGAGGAUCGCAUAUUCCGCCACCUUCAUCAGUCAAUACUUCAAGACAACGUCCAACUUCUCCCUGUGGCAAUCGCUGCCAUCCUUCCCAGUCCUCGCAUCCUUCGCAGCAGCAUCCCUCAUCUCCUUUGCAUCUCAGCACCUCCUCCUCUUUCGCGGCAGCUACACCUCUCCUGCCUCCCUUCCCUCCCCGUUCUCUCUGGCCUCCCUCACCCACAUUGCUAUUGGCGCGCUGUGCUUUGCAGCUGUCAUGGGCGCAUUGUGGCAUUGGGAGAGGAAGUUCUUCGCAGAGCUCAAGGCAACUUUAAGAUCAGCCAAGGCGAGUAAGCAGGAGUGA